AACCAUUCCGCAUACCAAAACCAACCGCUACAACCAUACACACCCCGUCAAUUACAACAUCCGACACAAAAACCAAAGAAAACCACACAAUGUCCACCUCCACAACGACAGACAUCCCAGCCCGCCGCGAAGAAGACUACGCGCGCUUCAAAAACUACGCCGCCUACACCUUUCUCGUCGCAUCCCCGAUCCUGAUCGCACUGCCGCCCCGGAAACUCGACCACCUGACUGUGCUACUGGGCACUGCCUUCGCCUUCUCUGCGAACCAUGUCACGCACGAGCGCACGGGCCGCAGCAUCGUCGACCGCGUGCAUUCGAAGAUCUCCUCCGGGCGGACGAUUGUCCCGUCCGGCUUGCCGAGUGAGCGGGCGCUGGAGAUCCAGGCGCGGAUGCGCGCGGCGCGGGAGAAGCAAUUGCGGGAGGGGGGGCUGACGACGGAGGAGAUUGAGAAGUUGAGGGCGCGCGAGAUGCAGGAUAAGGGUGUUAUGGAGAGGGUGUGGAUGGGUGGCGAGUCUGAGGGCUGGAAGGAGAGGAGGCUGCGUGAGGAGCAGGAGGCGUUGGAUGCGGGGAAGGGAUAUGGGGAUUUGAUCAAAGAGCAUAUUUGGGAUGUGUGGACUUGGGGGAAGAAGGAUGCGGAGGAGGGCAAGAAGGAGUGAGUUUGUUGUUUUGGGGAUUGAAAAUUGUAUAGUAUGUUUUGUUUGGGUUUUGCAUCUGGGAUGGGCGUUGGCGGUUCACUUUCUUGGAGCGUUGGAUAGGGCUCGCGCUUUUUAUACUAUGUAUAUUAUGGGAUGGAUGACAUGUCAUGCUGGUUCUCCGCUUAUUGUUGCUCCACUGGUGUGGGUUUGGAUGAUUGUGAGAGGUAUAUCUGCUAUCUAAGCUUGUAAAUAUUCUAAAUCUUUGAUGGCUUCCCUUCGUUCAUAUAAGUAAGUCCUAUGUCUGCUACCAUUCUGAUCGUUGUAGCUAGAGGGUUCGCCUCCAAUUGUUGUUUAUGUCAACGGUCUUGUCCAUAUCAGUUCGGCAUAACGUCCAAUGUAUGUCACGGCUCACUAGUGUAAUGAUCAGGGGGGGAAUCCAGAACUCUGGCAAGCUAUCUAUAGACUAUUCUGUUAGCAAGCGG